CAGCUCCGUUUUUCCGGCAUCUCGUUUUUGUAUUUUUUACAUUUUUCCUAGCAGUCGAAAUCCAUUGGACGUCUGUUGCCGACAAUGGCAUUGAAACACGAUCUAAAAUCUAUUGCCGUCCGUGGCAGCCAAUUAUUGAAUCGAAUGAAGUUCAGUUAAAACUGACAGCAAACGCAGUAACCUCAGGCAAGCAACAGGUGGCGGUGAUGCGCUUUUGGAGUUUGCAAACCACCGUUAGCUAAUAGAAGAAGAAAAACCCGGAAGUGCUACUCUGUUUUGUUCGCCACCGAUGGCGUCUUCAAUGAGCGGCAUGUUCCCCAGCCAACAGCCGCCGCCAGUUCACCCCGUCCCGGGCGCGAGCGGCUCGGUCCAGCCGGGCUUUCCCGUUCCGGCGAACCGUAGCACGGGAAACAACACGCUUGUGGACGAACUGGAGGCCUCCUUCGAGGCAUGUUUCGCCUCGUUGGUAAGCCAAGACUACGUGAACGGAACUGACCAAGAGGAGAUCCGAACAGGCGUGGACCAGUGCAUCCAAAAGUUUCUGGACGUGGCCCGACAGACGGAAUGCUUCUUCCUGCAGAAAAGGCUUCAGUUGUCAGUGCAGAAGCCGGAGCAGGUGGUCAAAGAGGACGUUUCAGAGUUGCGCAACGAGCUCCAGAGGAAGGAGCUGCUGGUGCAGAAGCACCUGUCCAAACUUCACACGUGGCAACAAGUUCUGGACGAAGUCAGCGUGCAGCAGCAGCAUCGCAAGGCCAGUGAGCUGCCCCCGCCCGGACCGCUGGCCUUCCUGGAGCAGGCGUCCGCCAGUUUGCCUCCUGCCCCGCUAAAGCCCACCUAGCCAAUGACUCUCACUUCAAAUGGACAACACUUCUACUAGUGACAAACUCAUUGAAAAUAAUAAAUUGUUGUGUAUUUUGUACAACCCGGCUUGAUUUUGGAGCGUUUUUGGCUAACUUAUCCUGGGUUACAUCAUGUUAGCAUUGUUCAACUGUUUGUUUUGGUUACUUCUUGUUCAUUUUUGGGGCAUUUACAAGUCACUUCCUGUUAAUUUUGGGGCUUUUGCAAGUCACUCCCUGUUGAUUUUGGGGAGUUUGGGGUCAUUUCCUGUUGAUUUUGGGGCAUUUUCGGGUCACUUCCUGUUGACUCAGUGACAUUUUGGCUUCACUUCCUGUACAUAUUGGGUAACUUCCUGUUUGUCUUGGUAACUUCUUGAUUUAGGGGCAUUUAGAGGUCACUUCCUGUUGACUUCUGUUGAUUAAUUGGCCACUUCCUGUUCAUAUUCGGUCACUUCCAAUUGGUAUAGUGGGGAUAUCAGGGUCACUUCCUGUGCAUAUUGGUUCAUUUCCUGUUUAUAUUAGGAACCUCAUUUUGGGGCAGUUGCGGGGAAGUUAUUGGGCCACUUCCUGUUGGUUUUGGGGCUUUUACGGGUCAUUUCCUGUUCAUAUUAGGUCACUUUCUAUUGCUAUGGGGGCAUUUUGGGUUCACUUCCUGUACAUAUUGGGUAACUUCCUGUCUUUCUUGGUAACUUCCAGAUUUAGGAGCAUUUAUAGGUCACUUCCUGUUGAUUUGUUCACAUUAACAGGUCACUUGUUGACGUCGAGGCAUUAAUGGGUCACUUCCUGUUGAUUAACUGGUCACUUCCUGUUCAUAUUUGUCACUUCCUAUUUAUAUAGUGGGGAUUUCAGGGUCACUUCCUGUCGAUUUUGGGAAUUUACAGGUCACUUCCUAUUUAUUCAGGUAACUUCCUGUUGAUUUUGGGGCAUUAACUGGUCACUUCCUGUUGAUAUAGGGGGAUUUCGGGUCACUUCCUGUUGACUCAGUGGCAUUUCGGGUUCACUUCCUGUACAUAUUGGGUCCUUUUUCUCUUUAUUUUGGUAACUUCCUGAUGAUUUGGGGGUAUUUACCAGUCACUUCCUGUUUAAUUUGGUAACUUCUUUAUUUUGGGGGCAUUUGCAGGUCACUUCCUGUUCAUUUGGGGCAUUAAUUGGUCACUUUCUAUUGAUAUGGGUCGAUUUCAGGGUCACUUCCUGUUGACUCAGUGGCAUUUCGGGUUAGUCAAAAAGACUGAAUAUUUAACUAAUGGUCAUUUUUCUCGGGAAUCUUUUGUUGACUUGUGAUAUGGUGACCCUGGAACGAGUCUGCCUCCUCGCCUGGGUCUGUUGCUGUUUUGCCUUGCCGUUUGAUCGCUGUCGACCUGAAUAAAUUGUCAACUUGUGUUUCGAAGCCUUUUUCCAGCUUUUAAAAUGGAGUCAGUACAAAGGGUUAAGACUAAGGUGAAUGCACAGCGUUUGGCCUCUUGGCCGGGUUGUCGGAUUUCCGCCGGCCGGCCAGGGUCGUUGGAAUUUUGGCUGACUUGUA